GCAGGAAUGGAUCUGUGUCUGGAGUCGGAUCACGGCUGUGAGCACAUCUGUGAGAGCUCGCCGGGCUCCUUCCACUGCCUCUGUCUGCCCGGAUACACCCUGAACAACGACGGCAAGACCUGUGCAGCCAUAGAUCUGUGUGCUGAGGGGAAACACGACUGUGAGCAGGUGUGUGUCAGCUCACCUGGUUCGUUCACCUGCGACUGCAACAAAGGAUACAAACUGAACGACGACAAGAAGACCUGCACAAUGAUCGACUUCUGUUCCUAUGGAAACCACAGUUGUGAUCAUGAGUGUGUGAGUGUGCUCAACGGCUAUCACUGCCGCUGUAACCACGGCUACCGGCUGCUGGAUGACGGCAAGACCUGCCAGG